ACUGUAUAUAUAUGUUGGCAAAGUCAGUCCAUUAGCUCUAGUUGCUUGCAGCCAUGGCCUCACACGCAGCUCUCGCCUCUUCGCGAGUCCCGGCUAACACCAGGCUUCCCUCCAAGCCCUCCCACUCAUUUCCCACCCAAUGCUUCUCCAAGAGGCUUGAAGUUGGUGAGUUUUCAGGACUAAGAUCGAGUUCAUGUGUGACCUAUGCAAGCAAUGGCAGAGAGCAAUCCUUCUUCGAUACUGUCGCUGCCCAGCUUACUCCCAAGACUGCAGGACCAACUCCUGUCAGGGGAGAAACAGUGGCAAAAUUGAAGGUGGCAAUCAACGGAUUUGGACGUAUUGGCAGAAACUUCCUCCGAUGCUGGCAUGGCCGCAAGGACUCACCCCUCGAAGUCAUUGUUGUUAAUGACAGUGGUGGUGUCAAGAAUGCUUCACACUUGCUGAAAUACGACUCAAUGCUGGGUACUUUCAAAGCAGAUGUGAAAAUCGUUGACAAUGAGACCAUCAGCGUUGAUGGUAAGCCCGUCAAGGUUGUCUCUAGCAGAGAUCCCCUGAAGCUUCCAUGGGCUGAGAUGGGCAUUGACAUUGUUAUCGAGGGAACAGGAGUCUUUGUCGAUGGCCCUGGUGCCGGCAAACAUAUCCAAGCCGGUGCCAAGAAAGUCAUCAUUACAGCUCCAGCAAAAGGUGCUGACAUUCCUACCUAUGUUGUCGGGGUGAAUGAAAAAGACUACGGCCACGACGUUGCCAACAUUGUAAGCAAUGCUUCUUGCACCACAAACUGCCUGGCUCCUUUCGUAAAGAUCCUGGAUGAAGAAUUUGGCAUUGUCAAGGGAACCAUGACAACUACUCAUUCCUACACUGGAGACCAGAGGCUCUUGGACGCUUCACACCGGGACUUAAGGAGAGCCAGAGCGGCAGCACUAAACAUAGUCCCCACAAGCACUGGUGCAGCAAAGGCUGUGUCCCUUGUGCUGCCUCAACUCAAAGGCAAGCUCAACGGCAUUGCCCUCCGUGUGCCAACACCUAAUGUAUCAGUGGUUGACCUUGUGAUCAACGUUGCAAAGAAAGGUAUUUCAGCAGAAGAUGUCAAUGCAGCCUUCAGAAAGGCAGCGGACGGACCACUUAAGGGCAUAUUGGCAGUAUGCGACGUUCCUCUUGUGUCUGUGGACUUCAGGUGCACUGAUGUUUCCUCCACCAUAGACUCCUCCUUGACCAUGGUCAUGGGUGAUGAUAUGGUCAAGGUGGUGGCCUGGUACGACAACGAAUGGGGAUACAGCCAAAGGGUUGUGGAUUUGGCACAUUUGGUUGCAAGCAAGUGGCCAGGCGCGGCAGUAGUGGGAAGCGGAGACCCAUUGGAGGAUUUCUGCAAGACAAACCCGGCAGACGAGGAGUGCAAAGUCUAUGAAGCAUAGACUAAUGUUUUCGGCAGGGUUUAGCAGCAUUUGUUAUCAGCAAAUGCUUAAUUUGUAAUGACAAUUGAGGAGGGGGAACAAAAUCAUCAAGUAAAUUACAAAUUAAGACAAUUCUCUGAAUGAUUAUCUUAUAAAAUAAUGAUUAUCAUCAUCAUCAGAGUUUUCUGUGCAAAACUUUGAUCAGAUUUUGCACACCAGAGAGAAUGAAUGACUUUGUCCUGUAGUUCAAGUUAAUAAAAAGAUUUCUCACA